CAUUACCAUAAAACAUCAUUAAAUCAAGAAGCCAAAAGUAGCACAUAUGGAGGCUACUAAACUUUGCAGCAUGAGUCCAUUGUUCCUCUUUCUUUUAGGCAUACUCUCCUUUAUGGCAUCUUUAGCAGAUGCAGAAACUCACUAUCAUGACUUUGUUGUUCAACAAACGCCGGUGACUAGGCUGUGCAGAACUCACAACAUAAUCACAGUAAACGGACAGUUUCCGGGGCCGACUAUUGCAGCACGCAACGGGGAUACACUAGUCAUCAAAGUCACCAACAGGGCUCGUUACAACGUCACUCUCCACUGGCAUGGAAUUCGACAGAUGAGAACUCCAUGGGCCGAUGGGCCUGAAUAUGUAACACAGUGCCCCAUCAAGCCAGGAGGAACUUACACCUACCGUUUCACGAUAGAGAACCAGGAGGGUACAUUGUGGUGGCAUGCUCACAGCAAAUGGCUCCGGGCCACUGUCUAUGGAGCUCUCGUUAUCUUUCCCAAGUCGGGCUCCUCGUACCCCUUCCCUGCCCCCAAGAUUGAUGUCCCUAUUAUUCUUGGAGAAUGGUGGGACAGGAAUAUUGUCGAUGUUCUAAGACAGGCACUGUUUACUGGAGCUGCUCCAAAUGUCUCGGAUGCUUACACGAUUAACGGUCAACCUGGCGACCUCUACAGAUGCUCCAGCCAAGGUACUGUCAGAAUAUCUGUUAACUCGGGAGACACUGUGCUUCUUAGAGUCAUCAACGCUGCACUCAACCAACAGCUCUUUUUCUCAGUAGCCAACCACAAACUGACUGUGGUUGGAGCUGAUGCUGCCUAUAACAAGCCCUUUACAACCAGAGUCAUCAUGGUUGGACCGGGUCAGACAACCAAUGUCCUCCUCACAGCUGACCAACCACCAGCACGCUAUUACAUGGCUGCACGUGCCUAUGCCUCGGGUCAGAACGUUACCUUCGACAACACAACAACCACAGCCAUUCUUGAUUACAAAACCGCCACUAGCCGGACAUCCUCGCCUGUUUUGCCUCAAUUACCAGCCUUCAAUGACACAGCCACCGUCACUCAAUUCACGAGCCAGUUGAAGGGCAUACCAUCCCUUGCCAAAGUUGCCAAGAAUGUUGAUGAAAACCUGUUUUUUACCAUAGGAUUAGGCCUUGUUAAUUGCACUCCGGGGCCUAGAUGCCAGGGCCCUAAUAAUACGCGUUUUGCUGCAAGUAUGAACAAUGUGUCCUUUGUGCUCCCUAGAAAGACUUCAUUGCUACAAGCCUAUUACCAAAACAUACCCGGAGUGUUCACCACUGAUUUUCCUCCUUCUCCACCUGUGAAGUUUGACUACACAGGAAAUGUGAGCCGGGGCCUGUGGCAGCCAAGGUUUGGGACUAAACUAUACAAGCUGAAGUUCGGGUCAAAUGUACAGCUUGUUUUGCAAGACACAGCCAUUGUUACUACAGAAGACCAUCCUAUCCAUCUCCAUGGCUAUCAUUUCUUUGUUGUGGGACAAGGAUUCGGCAAUUUCAACCCGAAAACAGAUACUGCCAAGUUUAAUUUGGUUGAUCCACCAGUUCGCAAUACGAUCGAUGUGCCCGUUGGUGGAUGGGUAGUGAUCCGUUUCGUCGCUGACAAUCCAGGUGUUUGGCUGUUCCAUUGUCACAUAGAUUCACAUCUCACAUGGGGCUUGGGCAUGUCUUUCUUGGUUGAAAAUGGAAAAGGGAAAUCACAAUCCAUUGAACCGCCUCCGGCUGAUCUGCCACAAUGCUGAGAAACCAUAAGGAGAUCAGCAGACAAUGCUGAAAAAAUUUCAUUCUAUUUUGCAGCACACGGAGCUUUGCUCUGUUCUUUCUCUGUUUCAUGGUCUUGUUUAAAUUUGUUUUCCUUGUUUCCAGUUUCGCUUGUGAUUUGAAGAACCGAAGUAGGGAGUUUGGCAUUCUUGAGAGUUGAUUGGAUUGUCUGAGUUCCAACGCUUGAGUUUCAGCAUCUAAUCAGUUGAUAAUGUAGUAAUUAAAUUAUUGUUGUUGUUGAACAAUUUUAAUUAUUUUUAUUAUUAUUUUAUUAUAUAUAAUGAGAUCGAUCACUAUUCUGUACUUUGAUUUAAUUAAACGGGAAAAAAGUUACUAAACAUAUUUUAGUACAUUUUUUCCCCACAUUUGGGUGUAAAAUUUGAGUCCUUUUUUCUUGAUC